UUGAGCAUGUUGACAAAAUCAUGGCAUGAGGAAGACACCUGAAGAAGUGUGGAUUCUGAUCCACAAAAGCUCAAACUGAAACAAAUCUGUCCGUCCUUCAGACAAAUGGCUCAGUCAGCUAAGAACAGUCAUCUGCCAACAUAGAAUCAAGAGAGAACUAUCCAUCUGUCCUCAGAAUCAAGAGAGAACUAUCCAACUAUCCUUCCAUUUCUGGACCAGAGUUUAUGGAAAUGCAUUGAUAAAAUGGCUGAACAAAGGCAACGUAACUUGUCUACAUCAGGAGAAACACUCUACAAACUCCUUGGUCUUGAGAAAGGUGCACCACAUGAUGAAAUCAAGAAAUGUUACAGGAAAUUGGCUUUGAAAUAUCAUCCUGACAAGAACCCUGAUAACGCAGAGGCAGGAGAAAAGUUUAAAGAAAUAAACAAUGCUCAUGCAAUACUAACGGAUGUCUCCAAAAGAAACAUAUAUGACCAGUACGGAUCAUUAGGAUUGUACAUUGCAGAACAGUUUGGUGAAGAAAAUGUCAAUGCUUACUUCAUGCUUUCUAGUUGGUGGGCAAAGGGUCUGUUUGUGCUUUGUGGCCUUUUGACUGGCUGUUACUUUUGCUGCUGCCUGUGCUGCUGUUUUAACUGCUGUUGUGGAAAGUGCAAGCCGAAACUCACAGAAGAAGAGCAAGAGUUUUGCAUGUCUACUGAAGAUCUGGAAGAGCAAAUUAAGACAGACAUGGAGAAAGAUGGGGAGACUCCCAUUUUGCUUCAGCCGACAAAUGCAACUGAGAAAACUCAACUUAUUGGAGACAGUCAUCGGAGCUACCGUACAGAUUCAUAAACCAAAAGUGUUUGGAGCCUCCCUAAAUGUCACCAGAAUAGUUUUGGAUUUCAUGACAUGGUUAGAAUAUUUUCACACAUGACACUGUCCUAUGUACAAGUAUGGAAGCAAUGAUCAUUGUAUUCAGUUGAGAGUAGACCUUCUUCGAAGAGACUAAGUGUAUGAAUUCACACUGAGAGUAUCCUUGAGCUCCUCAAACAUACAGUAGUUUACUUGCAUAUAUAUGUGUGCUUUCCAGGCAAUAGUAGUUUAACAAUCAUGCUAGAAACAGUAAGCAUACAGAAAGCUCUUCUUGUGUAAUGUGUGAAAAUAUCCCUAGUUUUUUACAUACUUAAACUUCAUCUGCAGUUUAGACAACAAUGAUUUGAAUGCAAUUUCUUCUUUAAUUGUACAAAUGUUACAACUGGAUAGACUUGCUGAUAACUUUUUCCAGCAUGGUAUUGCAACCGUAUAGGCCUUGACAUAGAUCGGAAAAGUGACAUUUGGGUUCUACAACCUCCAGAAUACCUCAAGCUACAUGACUCAUUGCUAUGCUAGCUGGAGUAUUAUUUAUUUAUUUAUUUAACUUAUAUGCCGCUCACUCUACUCAAAAGUC